AUGGCAUGGAAAUGGAAGUACUCCCCCAGGGAACAGCUGGAGGACAUGAGCAGCCUGCACCCAGGGCUCACAGGGCUGCAGAACCUGGAGAACACGUGCUACAUGAACGCAGUGCUGCAGUGCCUCUGCAGCCUCACCCCGCUCGUGCAGUAUUUCCUCUCAGGGAAGUGGAACACAGCCCUGCACCAGGAGAUCGGAGAGUCUGCGACUGCCUUUGGCUGUUUGGUGUCUGACAUGUGGCUUGGAGAGUUUGACUUUGUUUCUCCUGAGGCUUUUCACUCUGUCUUUGGGAAGCGGCACCCAGCUUUUAGCAGCAAGACUCAGCACGAUGCACAGGAGUUCCUCAUCUGUGUGCUGGAUGACCUCCAUGAGGCUUUCAAGCAGCCAAGCCAAGAAAGAUGGAGCUCUGCUGCAGGAGCAAGCACAAGGAGUAGCAGUGGCACAUCUAUUAUAACACACUUAUUUGAGGGGCAGCUCAGUUACGCCAUCAGGUGUCUGACAUGCAAAGCCCUCAGUGACAAACCCGAGAGCUUCACCGUCCUCUCCCUGCCCAUCCCCUCCACCAGAGUGUGCUCUCUGCAGGACUGCCUGGAAUGCUUUUUUCAGCCAGACACACUGACUCGGAACAACCAAAUCUACUGCCACUGGUGUGGAAGCAACCAAGAUGCAACAGUAACAGCCUCCAUAACCAAGGCACCACAGAUCAUAAUUUUUCAUCUAAAGAGGUUUGCCUGGCAGGACAAGAACAGAAGGAAACUCUCAACCACUGUCUGCUAUCCGUUCAGCGAUCUGGAUCUCUCUCCCUACAUCUCCACAUCGUGUAACAACAAUACAGAGUACAGCUUGUGUGCUGUAGUGAACCAUGCUGGAGAUCUGGAUUAUGGCCACUACACGGCCUUCUGCAAGCACUCAAUCACCCAGCACUGGUACAGCUUUGAUGAUGCCCAGGUCACCAAGAUCCCAGACUCUGCAGUGCAGGCUGACACAGCUUACCUCCUCUUCUACAUCUCCCAAGGCUACUGA